CUCGCUUACGCCUUCCCUCUUCCGCCACGCACUGCAAAUACUGUACUCGACCACUUGCAUACCACCCAAUAACUCACUAUGGAGGCUCUCAUGCGCGUCACCGACACUAUCAAGUCCAUUAGGGAAACUCGCUUCAGCGCACUCCGUGCACCGACAGAGUUCUUUGACGUCAACCGCAUCUCAAGACCUGCCGACCUGAACCAGGCAACACAUCGGAUAUCCUACAACACUCGCUACUUCUCAGGAAACUACGGCCUAAUUGUGGCGCUCUUGGCCGUCUACGCUCUUCUCACCAACUUCCUCCUCAUCUUUGCUGUCCUCUUCCUUGUCGGCGGGUUCGCCGCGAUCAACCGCUUCGCGCCCGACCCGAUACAAGUCGGCGAGCACGUCGUCACUCAGAAGUCGCUCUACACCGGUCUCUUCGUGAUCGGCAUCCCCCUCCUCUAUAUCUCGUCCCCGUUCAGCACCUUCUUCUGGCUCGUCGGCGCCUCCGCCGUCCUCAUCCUCGGUCACGCAACGAUCAUGGAGCCCGGCAUCGAGAGCGAGUACGCCCAGGUCCAGGAGUCCGUCUAAACCCACUCCCCUCAUCCCCGUCAUCCCUCUUGCUCGUGAGACGGCAGCAGAGGCGGCCAGUGCGGACGUGCGGGUCCAGGUUUCUCAGUCCUCAUCACCGUAUCCGUAUAGCGGAGGGGCGAGUGAGAGCGGGAGCGGCGGGCAAGAUAGACAUGUUCCGGAUGGUCUGGCUCGUUUGGUGCUCGACGUGGUCCGGCGGCGGCGGGGUGUCGCUGGUAGCUGUUUGAUUGGGUAGAAUAUCCUUGGACACGCAAUCGUCUUACUUAUCCCUUCGUCUUCAUCCUCCCGGGA